UUCAAAAUCAAAACAAACCUUGAAAAAAUUGCAACUUUAUACAAAAUUUAAUUAUAAUUCAUUGAAUUAAGGCAUUUCCGAGUUUAUAAAUAGUAUCAAAUUAAAUCGAAAGUGUUCAGCACGUGAGUAAAAGUGUAGGAAAUAAUACAAAGAUGGCUAAAGAGAAUCCACUUCAUAUAUCUUGGCAUGACACAAACUUUAUUCCAUUUUUAAAUGCCACAAACGUUCUGGAUUACUUUUCGGACAAGUCUAACUCAUUUUAUGACAGAACAUGCAACAAUGAGCUUGUUAAAAUGCAACGGCAAUCAAUGGACAACCUUAAAAACAUGAUUGGAACUGAAUACAUUUUACUGCAUGUUAAAGAACCAAUUCUGUAUGUUGUGAGGAAGCAGCACAGACAUUCACCUGAAGAAACAACACCUUUAACUGACUAUUAUAUUCUCGCUGGACGUGUUUAUCAAGCUCCAGAUUUAGGAAAUGUCUUUAAUUCAAGAUUAUUAUCCACUGUUCAUCACUUACAGCAAGCCUUUGAUGAAGCUAAUUCCUUUGCUCGAUACCAUCCACAAAAAGGCUAUUCAUGGGAUUUUUCAUCAACUAAAGCUGUCACUGAGGAGAAAAAGGAAGUCAAAAAGGAGAAACCGAAAGAAGAGCCAAGCAGCUAUUUCCAGCGUCAAAGAGUUGAUAUCCUGCUUGGAGAAUUAUUGAGGAAAUUCCCAGUUCCGCAAAUCGCAACUGAACAAAAUAAGCCUGAUGAAGAUAAGAACUCAACAAGCAAUAAGAUAGACACGAAUAAAAACGAUACUACAAAAGUCACAAUUAAACAGGAGCCAGUCGAUGAAGUUGUUAGCAACAAUAAUAGCACUGCGACAGUUCCAAAUGUUCAAAUUAAACAGGAACCACCCGAAAAAAAGAUGAAAAUGGGAUAAUUACCUUGAUUACACAAUAAGUUUUGAUUUUAUUAAUUAAUUUUUAAAUAAACUAGAUCUUAAUCAAUCAAAAUUGCUCAAAC